AUGGAGCGUAGAGAGAGAGAAGCCCUUGAGACCAAGGAGAAGCUCAAGAGAGAAGAGAGUCUAAGAAGACUGAGAGAGAAACACCUGGAAGAGAGGAAGGUGCAGGAGGCCAAACAAAGAGAGGAAGAAGAGAGAAAGGCCCAUGAACUACAGGCCCUUAAGAAAGCAGACCAGGACCUGCUGAAGCAAGAAAGGCUUCAUAUAAAUAACCAGCCAGUCGUGGAAAACAAAGCCAGCCGUGAUCGUCUGACCUCUAACAAGAAGGCAUGUGAAUAGCAGGGCAAGAGGAAACCCCUGGAGUGUUGAGGACCGUCAGUGAGUGUGUCAAAGGCUGCCCCACCCCAACAGCUCCACCUACCUCAUUUUCACUGCAAAGGCAGCUCCAAAGUCUGAAGGUUUAUAUCACUUUUUAAAAAUUCUUUUAAAAUACUAAACCUGCUAAGUCUUUAAGUUUGAUAUAAAUCCUGAAUCAUGUUUGCUUAUCAGUUAAUAGCUACAAAAUAUAUAUGUACUUGUACUUAAAACUGAAACUUUUAUCUCAUCUUUGGAAAAAACAGAGAAGCAGAGACCCAAACCAGAGGAGCCUAGGCAGUGGCUUCCAGAUAAACUGAAGGUUGAGUUCUGGAUGGACAAGUACCAAGAGUACAGGGAGAAAAAAGAUAAGAAGAGGAAGCUGAAGGCUGAGGAGCAGUUUGCCAGAUGGGCCUCCUUCAAGGUGAGCCGAGCCGGUCAUGUUUCCCGACAGAACGACAGUUACACUGGAGGGUUUGCUGGAAACAGGAACAGCAUCCUCAAAUCUUUGUUUUAA